UUUAGGUCAUCGAUAGAUGGCGCUAUUCAUCAAGAUGGCGGCCUCCAUGGGAAUUUCUUUUGGCGGUUCUACCACGUGUUUGGCGAUAUUUAAGGAUGGAAAAACUGAAGUUAUUGCAAAUGAUGCAGGAGACAGAGUGACGCCAGCGAUCGUUGCCUACAAUGGAAAGGAUAAGGAUGUUGGCAUAGCUGCUAAGCAGGGUAGAAUACGCAAUUCUGUAAACACAAUCAGCGGUGUCAAACACGUAUUAGGAAGAAAAUUUGACGAUCCUGUUAUACAGCGUCAAAUUCAAGCCGGCCCUACUAAGAUUGUAGAUCAAGAUGGCUGUCCAGUCUAUGAAGUAGAAUUCAAAGAGAAAGCAACUCAAGUGAAACCAAAGGAAGUCGCUGCACUUAUCUUCAAGAAAAUCAAAGAUAUUGCAUCGAAUCAAGGUGGUAGUAGAGAUGAGAGAGAUGUGGUACUAACUGCACCCCUGGAUUACAGCGAGGCAUCAUGUAGUACACUAAGGCAAGUAGCUUGCGAUGCAGGUUUCAACGUACUCAGAGUAAUCAGUGAGCCAGCUGCAGCAGCGCUUGCCUACGGACUGUGUGAUGCAAAGUCGCUGGACAAAAGUCAUGUAUUGGUUUAUAGACUCGGCGGGACAAGCCUGAGUGUUUCCAUCCUUCAAGUGAGCAGUGGUAUGCUCAGGGUCAUCGCUUCUCAAACAGAUCGGACGCUUGGUGGAGACGAGUUCACCUUGCUACUCGCUAAGAGUUGCGCAGCUGAUUUUAACAGGACGCAGAAAUGUAAUAUAUUAAACAACGAUCGUGCUAUGAAGAAGCUCCUGAGUGCGUGUGAAAAUAGCAAACACAUUCUGUCAACGUUACCCACGGCAAAAUGCUCCAUAGAUUCCCUCUAUGAUGGGAUGGACUUCCACACAGGGACCUCAAGAGUCAAGUUUGAGUCACUAAUCAGUGGCAAUGCUCAGCAGAGUAUACAAGUCAUCAGACAACUACUGGCGUCAGUUGAUAUGACACCGGACCAAAUCCAAAAGGUGAUGUUUGUCGGUGGAUCCACACGGAUACCAAAGCUCCAACAGAUGAUCAAGGAUGCCAUCCCCAAGGCUGAAGUCCUAGACUCCAUCAGCCCAGAUGAAAUCAUGGCAAUAGGAGCGGCUAAGGAGGCGGCACUUUUGAGUAGUCGAGGAGAGAGUAUUGAGUUGACAGAGUUGGACAUUAAUGCAAGUUGCUGCCCAAAGGCCAUCGCUGUGAAGGUCUCAGAAUCAAGCGAAGAUGCCAGUCUCGAAAUUGUCGUUCCUCAGUUUUCCUUCUUGCCGAUACGCCGGCAACAUGAGUUUAAUGUCGGCAAGGACCAAACGUCAGUUUGCAUCCAGAUUUAUGGGACACAAGAGGGCGCCUCGGAUCAGGAAGCUUCCUUAUUGGCUCAGAUUGUUAUCGAUGGAUUGGAGACGGAGUCCGAAGAAGAAUUCCAUGUGACGUCUGUCUUUCAUUAUAGAAGAGAUGGCUCACUACACGUCACUUGCUCCGAAGAAAUAACAGGCCAAACACAAGAUGUCAUGAUUGGUCCACCAGGACAUGUCAGCAGCCAAUCAGAGCAUGUUUCUGAUGAGCUGAGAGAGGCAUGAGCCAAUUGAAAUGCUUCUUUGUUACGAGUUCCUUAAAUCUACUUUAAUUAUGACUUUAUGUAAGAUACUGUAAUUAAAGUUGUGGUACAUAAUUUAAGUAAACAACAAAAUUACGAACAAACGCCUUUGACGUAAAGUAUACAGCCAAAAUUUGUAACAAUAUUGAUGUUGUUAUUAACGCCCAUAUAUCCACAAGUUGUUUGAAAUACCUGUGAAAGUGCAGGCUCAAGUGGUUGUCACGGUCACUAAAAACGUAAAUGAAAGACAACAUCCACGUGUUCACACUGUUUUCAAAUAUCGGAUUCCAGAUUCGCAAGAUCAAAACUAAUUAAUUGACUUAAAUGAAUUAGAUUCCUAUCAACUUUUGAUAUGAUGAAAGGGGGUACAUCUCCAAACUUGACCAGCUUUUACUUUCAUAAUUCUUGGAUUUAUGUGGAAAUUUUUACACAAGAUGUCAACUUUCCCUGUGCAGUAUUGUGCCUGCCAGAAUUCUCAAAGAAUGUACAAGGUCACACUUGUCUAUACCUCUCCUUUUUAAGGGAACCCAGCCGUCGAUUUCACAAAACUCUUCCUAACUUAAGACUAAUCUUAGGACUAAGAGAGAUUCCCAACCCUGCA